UUUAGAAGUACUUCGGAAUCUCCAAUAUCGAUUCUAGAGAGAGAGAGAGAGGAAGAGGAGAGAGAGAGUUGGGAGCUCGGAGUUUCGUAUUCGGUCUUGCGGUGGCCAAAACCCAUCCUUUUCACUCCCUUUCAGAACCCUAGAAAACAAAACUCAGCCAUUCACAGAGUUACAAUAGCUAAAAGCAUCGUCUCCGGCGAGUUAUUGAGGCCUUGACAUGGCCGGACCACCUCUGCGAGAGCAAGCACUCUCCCUCAUCGGCGCUGCGAACAACCAUGGCGAUUUGGCGGUGAAGCUUUCUUCUUUGAGACAGGCCAAAGAUAUCUUGCUGUCUAUAGAGCCUUCUCUUGCGAUGGAAAUUUUACCCUAUCUCGUGGAACUUCAGUGUUCGCCCGAAAGCCUCCUUCGAAAAUCCCUCAUUGAGGUUACGGAGGAGAUUGCAAUGAAAGCAAUGGAUUAUUCUUAUAUACUAAUGCCAAUUUUAUUGGCAUCAUUAAAAGAUAGUGAUUCCAUUGUUGCAAGGCAAUCCAUUGUUAGUGGCACAAAUAUCUUUUGCAGCGUUUUAGAGGAGUUGUCAUUGCAGUUUCACCGGCGUGGUAUAGUUGAGAGGUGGCUUGAAGAGCUUUGGACAUGGAUGGUUAGAUUCAAGGAUGCUGUCUUUGCUAUCGUGUUGGAGGCUGGUUCUGUUGGUACCAAGUUGCUGGCGCUGAAAUUUUUGGAGACAUUCAUCUUACUUUUUACUGCUGAUAAUGAUUCUAAAAAACCUACCACAGAAGUAGAUAUAAAAAGGAGUGGGCGUGAUUUUAAUGUUUCAUGGCUGCCUGGGGGUCACCCUGUUCUGGAUCCAGUAGCACUCACAUCUGAAGCAAAUAGAUGUCUUGGCAUCCUACUGGAAUUGUUGCAAUCGGCUAGUGGUCGUCCUGGUUCUUUGACAAUUUUCAUUGUGAACUGUCUUGCUGCCAUAGCGAGGAAGAGGCCACUCUACUACAGUUCUAUUCUCUCUGCAUUGCUUGAUUUUGAUCCGAACUUUGAGAUGACAAAGGGAAUUCAUACUGCCAGUAUUCAGUAUUCUUUAAGAACUGCCUUUUUGGGAUUCCUAAGAUGUACCUAUCCAGCUAUUGUAGAGUCAAGAGAUAGAUUGCUUAGGGCUCUGCGAGCGAUGAAUGCUGGGGAUGCGGCAGACCAAGUUAUCCGGCAAGUUGAUAAAAUGAUGAAGAAUAAUGAGCGUGCUUCUCGUGAUGCACGGUUAAGCAAGGAAGAUGUGCCACCAAGCCUGUUGCCUAUAUCAGGGGAUCUGAUAAAAAAAAGAUCUUUGCCUCUGGAUACUGAAGAGCCAAGUUAUAGUCAUGAUGUUGCUUCAAAAAGAAUCCGUUAUGGCCCUGACAGCAACUCUGUUUCACCAGUUCAAAUAACUGAUUCCGGACUGGAUGUCCCUGUUAAUGGAGUAUCCCCCAAGGUUCCUUUGUUAGAUAGUGAUUUAAGUCCUGUUGAACAAAUGAUUGCAAUGAUUGGUGCUCUAAUUGCAGAAGGAGAAAGAGGUGCUGAAUCACUUGAAAUUCUGAUAUCUCAAAUCCAUCCUGAUUUGUUGGCUGAUAUUGUCAUAACCAAUAUGAAGCAUUUGCCACAAAAAACCCCACCUUUGACAAGACUUGGUAGCCUUCCAGUAGCUCGAGAAAGUGGUUCAUCAAGUGAUCCAACCCAGGUUGUGACAUCAAUUGGUCCUACUAGUUCUGUGCAGUCUCCAGUUCUUACAGCACAAGUACCUUUAACUUCAUCCAAUAAAAUCAGUGCAUCAUUGGUUGACACUUCUGCUUCUGUAAAUCUCCCUGCUGAUUCAAAACGAGAUCCACGAAGGGAUCCCCGACGCCUUGACCCACGUCGUGCUGCAGCACCUGUUGGAGUGCCACCAAUAUCUAUCGUGGAGGAUAUUAAUGCUACACACUCUGGUGCUAUGCAAUCGGAGUGUGAUGCUAAUAUUCUUUUGAAUAAGCCACUUGCACAACCUGUAGUAACAAAUGUUGAAAAUACGUCAGCGCCUUUGAUGCCCAAAAUAGAAACUGACUUGAAGAUUUUAGGUAGUUCAGUGGUUUCUGAAAUUGAUCAACCAGCCUCCAAAGAUGAGGUUCUGGAUGAUGAAGCCGUGGAAAUUGACCCUGUUCCAGAAGUCAAUGCUGAUUUAGAUCUUGCACUUUCUCCUGUUUGCAAAGUUGAUGAGGAUUCUGUUGCACCAUUGUCAUCAGAUUUUGCAAUGACAGACCAGACUCAUACAUUGUCUCAGCUAGAAGCCGAUCAGCUUUCUCCAGCCAUUUCAAAUACGUCUGUCUCUGAAGAAGCCUCUCCUGAUUUACCCGUACUUCCGCUGUAUGUUGAGCUGACAGAAGAUCAGAAAAGAAAUGUGAGAAAAUUGGCACUUCAACGGAUUAUUGAGUCAUACAGUCAUUUACAGUGGACAGAGUGUAGCCAGACACGAAUGGCAUUGCUUGCUCGAUUGGUUGCUCAGAUUGAUGCUGAUGAUGACUUGGUGUUGAUCAUGCAAGAACAUAUAGUUUCCGAUUACCAACACCAGAAGGGGCACGAGCUUGUAAUGCAUGUUCUGUACCACCUGCACACUCUGAUUAUCUCAGAUUCAGUUGAUCACUCAUCAUCUGCUGCUGAUGUAUAUGAAAAGUUUCUACUGGGAGUGGCAAAAUCUUUGCUGCAUAAUUUACCAGCAACUGACAAAGCCUUUAGUCGUCUUCUUGGUGAAGUGCCUUUUUUGCCUGAUUCUGCUCUGAAACUGCUGGAUGAUGUAUGCUGUUCUGAUAUUCACUGUGCAAAAGAUGUUCGGGAUGGUGAUCGUGUCACUCAGGGCCUUGGUGCCGUGUGGAGCUUGAUCUUGGGGCGUCCUCUUAAUCGGCAAGCCUGUUUGGAUAUUGCUUUAAAGUGUGCUGUCCAUUCAGAUGAUGACAUUCGCGCUAAAGCUAUCCGGCUGGUGGCAAACAAACUCUAUGUACUUAGCUACAUCGCAGAAAGUAUAGAGAAAUUUGCUACAAAUAUGUUCCUGUCAGCUGUUGAUCAGCGUGUUUCGGAUCUGGAACUUUCUCAACCUGGGUCUAUUGAACAAAGAACAGAAGGAGAAAGUGGAAGCCAGGAAACAUCAAUUAGUGGUUCUCAGAUUUCAGAGCCUGCGUCUGAAAAUGACUCCGUGAAGGGAGCACAAUCUGAUUCCCGAAUUGAUUCCUCAGUAUCAUUUGCUCAAGCUCAACGCCUCAUUUCUUUGCUUUUUGCUUUAUGUACAAAGAAACCUAGUCUUCUUCGACUUGUGUUUGAUAAUUAUGCACACGCUACGAAGGCUGUAAAGCAGGCUGUCCAUCGUCAUAUCCCUAUUCUCAUAAGGGCCCUAGGGUCGUCACAUUCUGAACUUCUCUGUUUAAUAUCUGAUCCACCAGAAGGAAGUGAAAAUCUUCUGACACAGGUGCUGAACAUAUUAUCUGAAGGGACAACACCUUCUUCUGAUUUAAUUGCAUCUGUUAAACAUUUAUAUGAAACUAAACUAAAGGAUGUUACAAUUCUUAUCCCAAUGCUGUCUUCACUAUCCAAAAAUGAGGUUUUACCUAUUUUUCCUCGGCUGGUCAACCUUCCCUUGGAUAAGUUUCAGAGAGCGCUUGCUCACAUACUACAGGGUUCAGCACAUACAGGUCCAGCAUUGACACCAGCAGAAGUAUUGGUUGCAAUCCAUGACAUUAAUCCUGAGAAAGAUGGACUUGCACUUAAAAAGAUUACAGAUGUUUGCUCAGCUUGUUUUGAGCAGCGCACUGUUUUCACACAGCAAGUAUUGGCAAAGGCCUUAAAUCAGAUGGUUGACCAAACUCCUCUGCCCCUGCUCUUCAUGAGAACAGUAAUCCAGGCGAUCGAUGCUUUUCCUACACUGGUUGAUUUUGUCAUGGAAAUUCUCUCCAAGCUUGUGAAUAAACAGGUGUGGAGAAUGCCAAAAUUGUGGGUUGGUUUCUUGAAAUGUGUCUCUCAGACACAGCCACAUUCUUUCCAUGUAUUAUUACAGUUACCACAACCACAGCUUGAAAGUGCUCUGACCAAAUAUGCUAACCUCAGAGGUCCCCUUGCUGCUUAUGCCAGCCAACCUAUUAUAAGAGCUUCACUACCUAGAUCAACUCUUGUACUUCUUGGCCUUGCAAAAGAAUCACAUGUGCAGCAACCAAGUAUGGCAUCUUCUUUGCAUGCUUCAGAGACUAGUUCUUCAGUUCAUGGUGCGACACUGACUUGAUUUUUGGAAGCCUGAGAGUUUAAGAAAUUGGCCAGCAACGCCAUAACUUAAUACAUGGACCAAUCAGGUGUUGGUCCUGAUCCCCACGCUUCCAGUUCUCAAAAAUGCCGUACAAAUUGGAGGGUUCUAUAUCCAGCAGAUCACUUCAGAGAACGGUGUGCUGAUCAGUGGAACCCUGGAAGAAUUAAGUUGGGUCAGAGGCAUGUGGGAAAGCAAUUCUACCAAUGAAUUACACUGCUGAAGUUUGCUCCAUUAACAGCUGCUCGCGGAAUGUACCAUAGUUGUAUUCUUAUUUUCCCCUAUUUUGUUUCAUUUUUUAUUUAAUUACAACGUUCACUUCCUUUAUAAUCUUUUGGCAUGUUUAAUAUAAAUAUCUGUAAUACUGGGUACGUAGUUGUCGCAAAAAGGAUGCAGUUCCCUUCUUUAGGUCAAGGGAACCGAGAAUCCCAAUGAAUGAAUGAAUACAUAGAGCCUUGAUUGAUAGAGUAUAUAA